AGUAUUGCCACUCAUUAUUAUACCCCCCCCUUAAUUCGUGAAUAACACCACCAACUUCAAGUUAUUUAACUUCUUGAUAAUCCGUCGUCUUACUAUUCAUUGAAUUUUUUUCCAUUUUUUAAACUCAACCACAUUAAUAUAAAAAAACAGCAUGCAAUUUAAAUAUUUAACUGCCCUUGCAACCGUUCUCGGUGCCGUCACUGCCAUGGGUGAUCUUGCUUUCAACUUAGGUGUCAAGGACAACCAAGGUAACUGUAAGACCGUUGAAGGAUUUGAAUCCGAUUUAGAAUUAAUCAAGGGUCAAUCCACCAUCGUCAAGACCUAUGCCGUUUCUGACUGUAACACUUUACAAAAUCUUGGUCCAGCCGCUGAAGCAGAAGGUUUCCAAUUGAUGUUGGGUAUCUGGCCAACUGACGAUGCCCAUUUUGCUGCCGAAAAGCAAGCUCUUACCACUUACUUGCCAACCAUUUCUGCUUCCACCAUCAAGAUCUUUUUAGUUGGUUCUGAAGCUUUAUACAGAGAAGAUUUAACUGCCGAUCAAUUAGCUGAAAAGAUUGGUGAAAUCAGAGACUUGGUCAAGACCAUCAAGGACAAGAACGGUAACUCCUAUGGUUCCGUUCCAGUCGGUACUGUUGAUUCUUGGAAUGUCUUGGUUGACGGUGCUGCUCAACCAGCCAUCCAAGGUGCUGAUGUUGUCUACGCUAACGCCUUCUCCUACUGGCAAGGUCAAACCCAAAAGAAUGCCUCUUACUCAUUCUUUGACGAUAUCAUGCAAGCUUUACAAGUUAUCCAAACCACCAAGGGUUCCACUGAUAUUGAAUUCUGGGUUGGUGAAACCGGAUGGCCAACUGACGGUACCAACUUUGAAGCUGCUUACCCAUCUGUUGAAAAUGCCGCUGACUACUGGCAAAGAGCUAUCUGUUCCAUGAGAGCUUGGGGUGUCAAUGUUGCUGUUUUCGAAGCUAUUGAUGAAGCUUGGAAGCCAGACACUUCUGGUACUUCUGAUGUCGAAAAGCACUGGGGUGUUUGGGACUCAAACAACAACUUGAAGUACAAGAUUGACUGUAACUUCAGUUAAAUUAACUUCUAAUUUAUGAAGAUUUCGUGGAGCGUUGUGUGAUAUAGGUUUUGCAUAUCACUUUUUUCUUACGGUUAAUAAAGAUUUUAUAAAGAUUAUAUAAGAGUGUAUAGAUAAUCAUUUUUGUU